UUCAUGUUCAAAAUAAUACUGCCAGUUAUAGUGGAUUAAAACAGACCGAGCAAACGCAGAGACAUGAGUUGGUCUGCUUGACACCAGGAACAACAGCAAACAACAUUAAAUUGUAGCCUUUUUUCUUCUAAAUGUCAUAGAAUGCGAUAUUUCACAGGACUUCUUGUUUUGUCUUCUGUUGCUGCGUUGAUCGAGGCGCGAAAUGAAACCACCCCUCACAACCUCGCCAGCAAGCCGCUGACUCAAGAGCGUUACCAGGACAACGAGCACAGGCUCAUAUAUGACCUGUUUCGCGGUUAUAGUAGCGAGGUUAGGCCUGUGUUGAACUACACCAACCCCGUACAAGUGAAACUUGACCUCGCCUACAGUCAGCUAGUAGAACUGAAUGGCAAGAGUCAAAUUUUAACAAGCAAGGUUUGGAUAAGACAGCAAUGGACGAAUCCGUUCUUGACCUGGAAUCCAUCAGACUACGGCGGUAUAAAUUUUAUCAACGUUGAUCCAAAGCUCGUGUGGAAACCAGACCUUAUCCUUUACAAUAGCAUCCAGCGGAAUAGCGGGGAGAUGUACAACUUCAACACCAAAGUCGUGAUGACGAAUGACGGAGUCGCCAAAUGGUACGCUCCUACUGAAGUGCGCACCAUCUGCAAGAUCGACAUCUCCUACUUCCCUUUCGACACCCAAUCAUGCACAAUGCUCUUCGGCUCAUGGACAUACACCGGCUCCUACCUCAACCUGAGCCUGCAACGAUCCGCCGCAGACCUGUCCGGCUAUACAUUGAGCGGCGAAUGGGACCUAGUAUCGACCUCUGCAAAACGCAACGUCGUCAAGUACAGCUGCUGCCCUGAUCCUUAUAUAGAUAUCACUUACACGUUUAUACUGCAGCGGAAGUUUCUUUUCUAUAUCAAUAAUUUGAUCUUCCCGAUCGUCGCUUUGGCAGUGCUAGCGAUGUUUGGCUACUAUCUACCGGCGGAGAGUGGGGAGAGAAUCUCAUUGGUUAUUACCAUCAUGCUAGGCUUGACGGUCUACACGUUGAUAUUCACGGAGAAUAUCCCCGCUACUUCCGAAGUAACGCCACUUUUGUCACGCUACUCGACGGCGGUGAUGGGAGAGCUGGGGAUUUCCCUGAUUAUGAGUUGUCUUAUGCUGUGGAUCUUCCAUCAUGACGGGUCCAAGGAAAUGCCGAGAUGGGUGGAGUUCGUGGUGUUCAGUGUGCUUGCCAAGAUUGCACGUCUCAGGUACAUUCCAUCGAAAGAGGCGGAACCCCCGGCAACGAACGGACGCAAGCGAGGCUCCAACUGCAUGUUAAUGCAGGCCGAACGUUGGCCGGUCUUUUACCCCAUGCAAAGGCGAAGCAUUUCGGGCGAUAGUGAGCCCUGCAAGUCCCCCACGUGCUCAUCACGUGAACUACACGUGUCACCCAAGCUUGAGCGCAAACUGGAAAACCUGAUAAGCAGGAUGGACGAGAUUCUGAAGGACAACUACGAGGAGCAGAAACUUAACGAGGAGAAGCGGAAGUGGCAGUUUGCAGCCAAGGUGAUUGAUCACGUGGUCUUUUGGUUGUACACGCUGACAGUGGUGUUCUCAACCUUGGCUCUUUAUCUGAUGAUCCCUGAUAACACGUGGUGAGCAUCACCAGCACGUGACUGAUCACGUGGUCUUUAGGUUGUACACGCUGACCGUGGUGUUCUCAAUAUUGGCUCUUUAUCUGAAGAUCCCUGAUAACACGUGGUGAGCAUCACCAGCACGUGACUGAUCACGUGGUCUUUUGGUUGUGCACGCUGACCGAGGUGUUCUCGACAUUGGCUCUGUGGUAAAGAUGCGGGAAACACUCGAUCUUUUGUGUGCUCUAAACGCGUGUGCUUACUGGCUAGCACCCCAUAAUAUAUGCUACGAGCAAUUUGACGGUGUAUUUAAAACGUCCAAGAGAAUAAGAUUGAAUGCAGACCCUAUAGCUGAAUUUGUUGCUGCGCGACCGCCGAGAAUUCAAAUCCAUUUUACGUCUGAGAAUAGCGCGUAGCAGGGGCUCAUAAGUAGGCGCAAUCAACUUCGACACAUUCUGGUACUAUAUAGGCGUCAUGUAGCCUGCGUAGCAUGCCAAAAGGGUUGGAAAAGAAGAGACACGGAGACGAGGCGCGCGCGCUUAGCAAAGAGGCGUACGG